CACACCAAGUCUUAAUAAUCACUGAUACCAAAAUGAGUUUUUUAAUCGACAGUCUCAUUUUCGUUUGCGUAGUUUUUAUGAUCCUCCGGUUCCGCCGGAAAACCAGUUUCCGGCGACUUCCGCCGGGACCAAAACCACUUCCGGUCAUUGGAAACCUCCACCUCCUCGGCGACAAGCCACACGUGUCAACCGCAAAGCUAUCGGAGAAGUACGGACCACUCAUGACCCUACAACUCGGCCAGGUCACCACAGUCAUCGUCUCUUCUUCGGACAUGGCCAAAGAAAUACUCCAAACGCACGACCGCGUCUGCUCCGGCCGAUCGAUUCCAGACGCGAUGACGGUUCAUGACCACAGCAAACACGGCAUGACGUGGCACGAUGUCUCCAACAAGUGGAGGAACUUGAGGAAAAUUGGCAACAACUACAUAUUCACCACCGUGAAGCUUGAGGCCCGACAAGAUUUGCGCCGCAAGAAAGUCGAUGAACUGCUCCAAGAAGUCGGGAACUGCUGUCGGGAGGGAAAGUCCGUGGACAUAGCCCAAGCCGCGUUUAGGACAACACUUAACCUGUUGUCGAACACUUUUUUCUCCGUGGAUUUGGCAGAUACGUCUUCGGAAAACGCGAGAGAGUUCAAAGACGCCGUGAAGAGCAUCAUGGAAGUGGUCGCGAAACCGAAUCUGUCUGAUCAUUUCCCGAUCUUGAGGUUUCUUGAUCCGCAAGGUAUUAGGCGAGAAACGGGUGUCCUUUGCCAGAAGUUGCUAGAUAUUUUCGAUGGGAUCCUCGAUGAACGGCUGAGAUCGAGGAAAGAGAGUGAUCGAAGGGACAAAAACAGUGAUGUUUUGGACACGCUUUUGGACAUUGCAGAAGACAAGAACAUGGACCUUGACUUAGCCGGAAUCCGACAUCUUUUCUUGGAGCUAUUUACGGCGGGAAACGAUACGACGUCGUCGACGUUGGAGUGGGCGAUGACGGAGUUGCUACGCAAUCCAAAGGCGAUGUCAAGAGCUCGCGACGAGCUGAGAGAGAACAUCGGAGUGGGGAAUACGGUGGAGGAAUCUGAUACUUCGCGCCUACCCUAUCUCCAAGCCAUCAUCAAAGAGACCUUCCGGUUACACCCUCCACCUUUUCUGAUUCCAAGAAAAUCCGGUUCAGAUGUUGAGAUCAACGGGUUUGUCAUCCCAAAGGAUUCAAAGAUUCUGAUAAACGCGUGGGCCAUCGGAAGAGAUCCAAAGAUAUGGGAAAAUCCAGAGAGUUUUAUUCCGGAGAGGUUCUUGGAAUCGGAUAUCGACGUUAGGGGAAGCAGUUUCAGGCUGAUCCCAUUUGGCGGUGGCCGGAGAAUCUGCCCGGGAUUGCCGCUGGCCUCGAGAAUGCUGCAUCUUAUGCUAGGUUCUCUCAUACAUUCAUUCGAAUGGGCGGUCGAAGAUGAUGACUGUCUCGGCGUCGAAGAAGUGUUUGGUCUGACCGUUCAUAAGGCUCGCGGCCUCAGAGCUUUACCGAUUCGAGGAGUCGUCGGUUGAACAAUUUGAUUUUGAUUCAACCGUUUGAAUGUUUCAAGUUUCAAACUUAUGAUUAUCUUUUUUUUUUUUGUUCUUUUGUUUUAUCUUUCUAGCAAGUGAACUAAGACAUAUAUGAAAUUGAAUAAGUCGUUGGGUUCGUGUGAUA